CUCCAACCUGCUGAUCCCAGCGCACGCCUCCUCGCAACCCCUUGUUGUUUACUAUAUAACAGAAGCAGACACGGCGCAGACAGAGUCAAGCGGCUACCUUCACUUGUUGUCCAUCCACGCGCGCCAUGUCUCCCUCUGCCCUCAUCGAUCACUCCCCACAACAUCCUACUCCUGCGAAGAAGCUGGCUUCUGCCUCGAAUCUCAUCCUCAUCGACAACUACGACUCCUUCACAUGGAACGUCUACCAAUACCUCGUGCUAGAGGGUGCCACCGUCACAGUCUUUCGGAAUGACAAGGUGACCUUGGACGAACUGAUCGCAAAAAACCCCACACAACUCGUCAUCAGUCCAGGUCCUGGCCACCCAGACACCGAUGCAGGAAUCAGUAAAGAUGCCAUUAAAUAUUUCGCUGGCAAGAUCCCAAUACUGGGGGUCUGCAUGGGACAGCAAUGCAUUAUCUCGGUCUUUGGUGGGAAAGUGGAUGUAACAGGCGAAAUUCUUCACGGCAAGACUUCUCCUCUCAGACACGAUGCUAAAGGCUGCUAUACCUCUCUGCCGCAAGAUCUGCCUGUAACGCGCUACCAUUCUCUUGCAGGCACUCAUCCCACUCUGCCUGCCUCCUUGGAGGUGUCGUCUUGGAUCGCCAAAGGCCCUGAUGGUGGGAAAGGCGUCAUCAUGGGGGUCCGUCACAAGGAAUUCGUCAUCGAAGGCGUCCAGUUUCACCCCGAAAGUAUCCUAACUGAGCAGGGCACUGUCAUGUUCAAGAACUUCCUGAGCAUGUCCGGUGGUAAGUGGGCGGAUAAUCCACAGGUUUCCCAGCCUUCUCAGCAGGCCACUGCGACCGCCAACGGACAGCCAAAGAAACAAAACAUCUUGGAUAAGAUAUACGCCAAUCGUCGGAGACAAGUCGCUGAACAAAAGCUCGUCCCUUCUCAACGUCCAGAAGACCUUCAAGCUGCUUUCGAUCUUGGCCUUGCGCCUCCACAGGUUUCUUUCCCCAAACGACUGCGCCAAUCGCCGUACCCUCUCUCCCUACUUGCCGAAGUCAAACGUGCAUCUCCUUCCAAAGGUAUCAUAGCCCUCAACACGUGUGCUCCUGCUCAAGCCAGGAAGUAUGCUGCAGCCGGCGCAAGCGUCAUCUCUGUCCUCACGGAACCUGAGUGGUUCAAAGGAAGCUUGGAAGACCUGCGUUUGGUGAGACAGAGUCUCGAAGGCAUGCCCAACCGCCCUGCCGUGCUUCGAAAGGAGUUCAUCUUUGAAGAAUACCAAAUCCUUGAAGCUCGCCUGGCAGGUGCAGACACCGUCUUACUAAUUGUCAAAAUGCUCGACACCCCAACACUGACUCGACUUUAUCACUACUCCAGAUCUCUAGGAAUGGAACCUUUGGUCGAAGUUAAUACUGCCGAGGAGAUGAAAAUUGCCGUCGACAUAGGCUCAGAAGUCAUCGGUGUCAAUAAUCGUGAUCUCACUAAUUUUGAAGUUGACCUCGGCACGACCAGCAGAUUGAUGGACCUCGUGCCUGAAUCAACCAUAGUUUGUGCAUUGAGUGGGAUAUCCGGCCCACAAGAUGUCCAAGCCUACCGCAAGGAUGGUGUCAAGGCCGUUCUGGUCGGAGAAUCGCUGAUGAGAGCCUCAGACACAGUCGCGUUCAUCUCGAGAUUGGUCGGAAAUCCAGAUGUUAACCCGCCAAAGAAAAGGAGGAUACCUCUUUCUGUAAAGAUUUGUGGUACUAGGACUCCUGCUGCUGCCAAAGCUGCCAUCGAGGCUGGGGCAGAUUAUAUCGGCAUCAUCUUAGUUCCUGGAAGGAAACGCUUCGUUUCGGAUGAGGUUGCUUUGCAAAUUGCACAGAUCGUCCGCUCAACCCCGAAACCGCAUCAACCAAAGCGGGAGCCAAUGGAAAUUGGCUCAUCGGACUUUUUCGAUCACUCGUCUCAGACACUGGUCCGACCAGACCGUGCUCAAUUGGUCGGUGUUUUUGCAAGCGCAACAGUUGAACACAUCAUCCAACAAGUGUACAAGCUCGGUCUUGACAUUGUUCAACUGCAUGGCGAUGAGCCUAUUGAAUUCGCUAGGAGCAUACCCACUCCCGUUAUUCGCAAGUUCUCGCCAGAUGACCAAGGCUUGUCGACCAGAGGUUAUCACUACCUGCCCCUUCUUGAUGCAGGUGCUGGCGGCACCGGCAAUCGUGUUGACCCUGACCGGGCCAAGUUGCUUUUUGAUAGAGACCCAGGCGUCAAAGUCAUCAUGGCUGGAGGACUCUCACCAGAUAAUCUGUCCGAGGUGGUUGGUCUACUCAGUCAAUACAGGGACAACCUUGCUGGGGUGGAUGUUUCAAGCGGUGUUGAGACCGAUGGCGAACAGGAUUUGAAAAAGAUCACAGCUUUUGUCACAACCGCCAAAAGUCUGUGAAUGCUUGAGCUUUCUCCGUCAUUUUUAACCACGUCACUGUGAUGAAGAUGGCAUUAGCGACUGCCAGCCCUGGACCAUACAUCAUCGGCAGCGCACUUACACUCAGGUACACCUUGCAAUGCCAGUGCGCCUUUGAUGUGUCAGCACAGGUCUUUCCGAGUCUUGAGUGGAGGGUUCGUUCGACAUACAAGACAUGAAUGUAUGUGGGCUGCAGAACUCUAGCCAUAGAAGUACGCAGGGCAAUGCCUAUUGACAGACGCCUCAGAGGUCCCGGGUAGGAUUAAGAUACAAUUGGAAAAAUUACAUUCACUGGUUUGUCUCAGA